GGACAGUCUUCCCUCGGUGGUUAGCACGGGUUCAUCAACCGCCCCUCGAUCACCUUAUUUUGUCGAGCAAGUGUCAUCCUUAUAGAAAUUUGAUACUGGAAGUAUUCAAUUGGCCAGUAAUAAAUGGAUUUCUGUAAAAGUGAAAGAAGUCACAGGUGAAGAUAUCAGAUCUUUCUCUCUCUAUCUCGACUGUUUUUCCGCGUGAUCAUCCCUCUUCUCCGCUCGUCGGAGACGGUAAACCAGAUCUUCUUCACUCCACGAUGAUGCGGUACACGGAAGCGGACCCGAUGCCGGAGCGGAGUUACGCGCAGCAGCUCAAUGACACGUCGGCGAACAACGGCGAGCAACAAUCGCAAGCGACCGCGAGCACGGCGACGCAGACGAUGGAGCUGCGGGAGAACGCGCCGAUCAUUCACGCGAAUCCCAACAUCAUCACGAUCCAGCCGGGAGAAGGUGAGAGUCGAUUCCGUAGGCCAAUUCCUAUCAGCACUCUCGACUGGAUCUCGACACCAAGGUCGCACUUAAACGCGAUCACCGGUACACAGUUCCUGGACAGCGUUGAGCAGUUGGAAAUUCAGCAGGUUAUUGAUUUGAGUACUCUACUCGGCAGACUGGACAAGGGUAUUCAGUACAGGGUGAAAGUGCCACGCGCAGAAGCACUGUUUCUCGCCAUGGAAUCCAGGAUGGAAACGGAAUCGCGAUUGUGCGGCUGGUACAAAGGAUUCGUAUUGAACGUUCUGGAUCAGUGUGGCAGAACCGCCUUCAUCAUCCGGAAGGAUCCCAGCUUGUUGCACGUGCCGUGCUCUCGACAGAGAAUUACAGUUGAAAGCGCGAAUCUCAUCGGCAGCGUGGAGAAGAACUUUUCCCCGAUAGGGCCAAGGUUCACCGUGUACAACGCGGUCCAGGAACCUCUUUGCAACAUAUAUGGACCCUUCACUUGCGACUGUUGCAUGUUCAAGGAAGCGCAAUUCCAGAUCAUAUCAUUGGACGGAUCUCACCAAGUCGCAUCGCUGAUACAUCAAUGGGAUCACUUUGCAGUCGACUAUAUCCUGCUUCUCACAUUUUCGAUAGAUACAGACGUGAGAUUGAAAAGCCUGCUUCUCGGCGCAUCGUUCUUAAUAGAAUACCUGUACUUUCAUCGAAUAAGAAGAGCUUCCAGAAGAUAGACACCAAUUAUAAAUAAUUUGCGACUUAAAAUUACUGCUUCUGUUUGUUCCGUUAUAUAGUGAAACGAGCGCAAACUGGAUUUUACAAAAUUGAUAUAUCUUUUAAGAAAUACAAUGUAAGAACAAACGCAACCUUACAUUACAAUUUAUAUAAACUUACUCAAGCAAAACAACAAGUCACUAUAACGUCAAAAUAACAUUAAAAUGAAUCGGAAAUGAUUGGAAAAUGAUUUUUAAUGAUCAUUUUGAAGUCAUUUUAAUAUCAUUUUGAUAUCAUAUAAUGACUUCUUGUUCUGCUUGGGUUUCGAGCUUCGAAGCAAAAUCUCGAAAAUGAUAUCACUUUUUCACAACGCAAUCGUCCAAAGACAUUGUGAUUUAUACAAUAUAAAAUGUUAAAAAUUGAAGAUGUUCGUAUUUUUUAUUAUUCUCAGGUGAUCUAUGUUUUAUCUUUAUGUGUAUAUGUGUGUGCGUGCACACUAAAUAAAAAUUGUAUGUAUAUUGUUAAGAAAU